GCGUUGUAUUGAGUCCUUGUGUAAGUGUCGCAAUAGGGCUGUGAAUGCCUGCGCUUAUUUCUCGCGUCCCAGCGCUAACUGAGGCACACACACACACACACACACACACAGGAUCUUCACAAGCAGCAUGCAUUAAUUCCGUGUACCAUGUAAUUGUGGAUUAGUGACCUACAGUGUCGCCUUUACGGAGCUGAAGGUACCGUGCAGCAGCUUGGUGGCUCACCGCUUUAGUGAAUGUUUCCUGGCUUGAAUGCGACUCGAUUGCUGCUGGAGCAUGUCCAUUGCAGGCUUGACUGCCCAGGAGAUUUGUUUACCCCCGCAAAGCCUCUUCCUGCAUAGCAGUCAAUGCCAUAGCAUGUCCAGAGCCAAGCCCUCCUGGAAAUACGACCAUGAUCUCGACAACUUCUACUUCAGUGUUGAUGCCUCUGUAAAUUGCAAUGUCCAGUCCAGGCAGCAGGUGCCUUCGUUCUUAGCAGGAGACAAACACAGAGUCCCUUCCUGUUCCCUGCACAGUCCGGCAGCUCAACCAUUGCCUCCCAAAAAGUCCAGACCCACGCAGAUCUGCAUCUCCUCCACAUUUGUCCCACACACCCCCAGUCCCGUCGAAGAUGACCAGGUGGUCCCUGGAUUGCAACGCCUCACCGUAUCUGACCGCAUCUCCCCUCCUCAGACGCCUAGCCGGGCAGCGAAGCCUCUUCCCCCGAUCCCUUCCUCUGUGGACUUAUCUCCUGACCAGACCGUGGACAGUGAGGUUGAGUUCUUUAACGGAGACGACAGUCGUUGUUUGGUGUCCGAGUCUUGUCCAAAACCUUCCCAUUUCCGCUAUGGCGUGCCCAGUCGACGGAGUUUUAGGGACUGCGGACAGAUCAAUUAUGCCUAUUUUGAAGGGCCAGUCCCCCCUCAAAGGAAGCAGCAUCAGCAGUCAAAGAAAAAGCACGAACAUGAGUCCCAGGAAAGUCUUCUUCCGCAGCAAAGGGAACCGGAACAACAACACGAACACCAUCAGCAUCAGCACAAAUCGACGUGUCUGCGACAGCAGGAGCGCGCCCAACGCAAGCUCCGACGCUCCCAUUCAGGCCCCGCCGGCUCCUACAACAAACCCUCUGUCCUUCGCCUGUCCUGUCAUCAUCGGAACACGCAAGACCUGGACAAACCUGAAGUUCCUCCUCGGGUCCCCAUUCCUCCACGGCCUAUCAAGACCGGCGACUACCGCCGCUGGUCAGCAGAGGUCACCGCUGGGACUUGUAGCGAUGAUGACCGACCUCCUAAAAUACCCCCUAGAGAACCUCUGUCCAGCAGCAUGCCCCGUGCACCGAGCCCCAAAAGCCUUCCCACUUACAUCAAUGGCAUCAUGCCUCCCACCCAGAGCUUUGCCCCAGACCCCAAAUAUGUGAGUCGGGGUCUGCAGAGACAGAACAGUGAGGGUUCCCCGUGCAUUUUACCUAUAAUGGAAAAUGGCAGGAAGGCCAGCACGACGCACUACUUCCUGCUCCCGCAUCGGCCCACAUAUCUAGACAAGCACGAGAAGUACUUUGUGGACAGUGCUGUGAGUCGAAGGACCGAGGCCUCGGGCACCAGUCUGGACUGGUCAUGUGACAGCAAGAAGAAAUCGCACUCAGAUCUUGUAUAAGGCGAAAGUUUAUAGGACAUGGACAAUACUUCAUUGUGUGAGGACCAAGCGGACUCAUCUGCUGUUUCUAAGCAGUCGUUAUAGUUGUUAAAGAUUUACUCUAGUUUUUGAGAAUUAGGGUAAGUUCCAUACAACAUGCAGUUACUGAUGUGUUUGUUGUUGUUGUUGUUGUUCACAAAAUGGAGGCAGAACGCUGGUAAACAGUGAGAAAGUGCCGCUGCGAAGGCACUGGUCACACAAUAACAUCCCGGAAUGAUUAUCUUUUAUACAUUUUCUUAGCUCAUUGUUCAUUAUGUGAAACCCAAGUGUUUAAAAUGCAGAUUAUGCUGCAGUAGAUGGGUAUGAGCUGGUCUGGUACCUCAGUUUAUUCAGUGUUUUUCUUUUUUUUUUUUCAUUUUUAUUUUACAGACUAUGUUGCUAAUAGUCAGGUAUUGCUUCGAAGGUUGCUGCUUCUGUGGCCGGCGGCGAGCCGCGGAGCGUCGCAGGUGAAACUGUGGAGGGACGCUGAGUCAGUAGAGCAUCUGUUCAGUUUGUGUUGAAGACUAAAUAUGAAGUACGCCAAGGCCCGAGUUAUUUUGUGGCCGGGUUGAAGGAUAUUGACGCCUGACGGUCUCUUUGUGAAUAAAUAGGCAUGAAGUUGGAAAUGUAUGCUGUUUAGCCUCCUGGAUCACUAGUGCUCUUAUCUGUUGUAUGGAAACUGUGUGUGUGUGUGUAUGAGAGAGAGAGAAUGCAUACAGAUGACCCAUUUUUUAUUGUAAAUACUGCAGUGUGUGUGUGUGUGUUACAUAGGAAAGGCUUAAAUGUAGCAUUUGUGUUCAUCUUCGUGCACAAGACUUGCAAUUUUGCAAUGCUUCACAUUCAGGAAAUGCACCCACAAUAGUUUUUUUGUUUGAAAACACAUAACACAAGCAUAAAGUUGCUGAUUAAGCGCAGUUGCUGCAGGUUUAAGUUGACAGAAUAUGCAAACAAUAUUAGAUCUGAUGGUUCCUUAUAAAACCCAGGUUGCCAGUGAUAACAAAACACACCUGGCUUGUAUAAACCCUCCUUCAGUUCCUGUUUUUUUUUUUUUUAAAUCACAAAA